CAGAGAGUGAAGAAGCACUGUCUGUAAAGAUUUGUCAAUUAAGAAGUGACUUUUGAUCGGCACUCAUGGGGGUCAAAACUAUUUUGUUUUCCAUUAUUCUUCUGCAUGCAUGCACUGCCACCUUUAACGAAAGCUCUUUAAACAGCUUCGAACAGACUGAUGAGCUAAUUGAUGACAACGAGUCUUCAACGCAGAUGUCUGAUGAAUUCAGUUUAGAUGGCUUGGAACGCAACUUCACUGUUAUGACAGAGACCUAUGAGACAACAGAAAAUGAUUCCUUUUCAGAUGGGAUGUGGUAUCGAAAUAAUUCCAGCGACUAUUUUGGUGGCUAUCCUGUAAAAAAUUCCACAAACUCUUCCGAAAUCUUACCCAUGAUUGAACAGAUCACAUCAGAGGAAUUCUUUAUCAGUCAUUUUAAAACCCAGCCAUAUAACAGCACUGAUCUGAAUGCAGCGAAUUUUAACGAGACUACACAGAUCGCAUACAACAUCUCAGACAAGUCGGUUAACUUUCUCAAAAGCCUGCUGGUCACACGUGUCAUGCCCUCGUUCAACAUCAUCAUCAUCCUCAUUAGUUUGCCUCUGAAUGCUGUGGCCUUGGUGACAUUCGCCUGCAGGAUUCGAGAGAAGAAACCAGCAGUAAUCUACAUGGCUCACCUGGCGUGUGUGGACCUGCUCUUCACCCUGCUGCUGCCUCUGAAGAUCCACUACCAGCUGAACGCCUCAGACUGGGUGUUCGGUGAGGCGAUGUGUCGUGUGCUCAGUGCAGCUUACUACUGCUACAUGUACUGCUCCAUACUGCUGAUGAUGAGCAUGAGUGUGGACAGGCUGCUGGCCGUGGUGUUUCCCGUUGCCUCUCUGACCUGGAGGAGUGCAAGGAAAGCCACAUGUGUAUGUGUGCUGGCCUGGCUGCUGGCAUUUGCUGGUACAGUGCCGCUUCUCUCCAUAGCACAAACAUUCAACAUAAAGGAUGUGGGCGUCACCUGCCACGACAUUCUGCAUCACACACAGAUGUAUGCAUACCUGUUCUCCAUCCUCUCCUGCCUCUACUUCUUCUUGCCUCUGGUCGUCACCUUAGUGAGUUACUCUACCAUCAUUUAUGUGCUCACUACCAAGAAUGAUCACUUGGCAACAUCAUCCUCAGACAAGCGAAGGAGAGCUGUGAUCAUGGCUAUAGCUGUGCUGAUGGAGUUCGUGGUGUGCUUUGCACCAACAAAUGGCAUCUUGUUGUACCACUGUGUUCGUUUAGCCACAGGAGGCAGCAGUGAGGAGGGGAAAUACUACCUGAUUGCUGUGUGUUUGGGGAGCGCAAGUGUUUUCCUGGACCCUCUGCUGUACUACUAUGGCUCAUCUCAAUGCAGAGAGCAGAUACGCUCUCAGAUCUGGUGGAGGAAGACAAAAAGCACAACCACACCAUCAAACACAAAUAGUCAAACAAAACCCUCUAUUCCGAGCCGCGAGUGA